AUGGCACCAACCGUAGAGACCCUAAUGACCAUUCCCUCGGAUCUUAAUGAAUUUGUGAUGCUUCAAGGGAAUGGAGUAAAGGGUCUUUAUGAAAUUGGCCUAAAGAGCCUCCCCAAGCAAUAUAUCCAACCUUUGGAAGAAAGGAUGAGUAUGGCCAAAAUUGUGACUCAAAAUUCCAUUCCCAUCGUUGACAUGUCCAAUUGGGAUGAUCCAAAUGUGGCAAAUGCAAUUUGUGAUGCAGCUGAAAAGUGGGGUUUCUUCCAAAUAAUCAAUCAUGGGGUGCCCCUCCAAGUGCUGGACAAUGUCCAGAAUGCAACUUAUAGGUUCUAUGAUUUGCCAGCUGAAGAGAAAGUUAAGUACACAAAAGAGAAUUCACCAUCCAAUCAUGUGAGGUAUGGAUCUAGCUUUAGCCCUGAAGCAGAGAAUGCCCUAGAGUGGAAAGAUUAUCUCAGCCUAUUCUAUGUUUCUGAGGAUGAGGCUGCAGCAACAUGGCCUCAAGCAUUAAGGGAUGAAGCACUAGAAUUCAUGAAAAAAUCCGAAACUAUAAUUAAACAACUUUUAAGUGUGUUGAUGAAGAGGCUAAACGUGAUGGAAAUUGAUGAGACAAAUGAAUCAAUGUUAAUGGGUUCAAAGAGAAUCAACUUCAACUACUAUCCCAUUUGCCCUAACCAAGACUUAACGGUAGCAAUAGGGCGCCAUUCCGAUGUGUCAACCCUAACCGUUCUUCUCCAAGACCAAACCGGCGGCCUCUAUGUCCGGGCCGAGGACCGUCAUAGCUGGAUCCAUGUGCCACCAAUCUCCGGUGCCCUAGUGAUUAACAUUGGUGAUGCAUUGCAAAUAAUGAGCAAUGGUAGGUAUAAGAGCAUUGAGCAUCGAGCUGCAGCCAAUGGAAGCAAAACUAGGGUUUCGGUGCCCAUUUUUGUGAACCCUAGACCCUCUGAUGUCAUUGGUCCUUUGCCUCAAGUGCUUGCUAGUGGGGAGAAGGCUACGUAUAAAAAUGUGCUGUAUUCGGAUUAUGUGAAGCAUUUUUUCAGGAAAGCUCAUGAUGGGAAGAUGACCAUUGAUUAUGCCAAGAUAUUUUAA